AUGGCCCCCUCAACAAUGAAAGCCAUCAAAAUCGUCGAAGGCCACAAAGCCGAAUUGCAAGACGUCCCUCUCCCUAAACUCCGCGACGACUAUGUUCUGUGUAAAGUGAAAUGUGUGGCUUUGAAUCCGACGGAUUGGAAACACAUCGCCCGAGGACUGGGGAAGCCGGGGUGUAGUGUUGGUGUGGAUUUCAGCGGCGUGAUCGAGGAGAUCGGACCGAAAGUGAUGAAGGAGUGGAAGAAGGGCGAUCGGGUGUGUGGGUUUGUGCAUGGGGGGAAUCAGACGCAGCGGGAGGAUGGGACUUUUGGGGAGUAUUGCCUUAUGAAGGGGGAUCUUGGUCUUAAGAUCCCCGACGCCAUGAGCGACGAAGAUGCCGCGACGCUGGGUACGGGUGUGAUUACCUGCGGCCAAUCCAUGUACCAAAGCCUCGGCCUCCCCGAACCGGGCGACGGAAUGGAGAAGUACCAUGGCUUCUUUCUCGUCUACGGAGGUAGUACGGCGACGGGGACGUUGGCAAUUCAGUAUGCUGUUCUAUCAGGCUGCCGCGUCCUCGCCACCGCCUCCCCCCACAACCACGCCCUCCUCAAAGCCCUCGGCGCCGAACAAGUCUUCGACUACCGCGACCCAUCUUGCGGGCAGAAAAUUAGAGACUAUACCAACGACACCCUCACCCUCGCCCUCGACUGCAUCGCCGAAAACGACUCGCCCAAAAUCUGCUGCGACGCGAUAUCCUCCGCAGGCGGGAAGAUCGGGUAUUUGUUGAAAACGGAUCAUCCACGGAAGGACGACGUCGAGAAUAAAUUCACGCUGGGGUAUACGGUUAUUGGGGAGGCGUUUGAGAAGUCGGGGAGGCGGUUUGAGGCGAAGGGGGAGGAUUUUGAGUAUGCGAGGAGGUUUUGGGAGUUGACGCAGAAGUUGGUGAAUGCGGGGCAGAUUGCUGUGCACCCUCCCAAGGUCGGGGCUGAUGGGCUUGUGGGGGUUCUCGAUGGGUUGAGUCAGUUGAUGGAGGGGAGGGUUAGUGGGGUUAAGUUGGUUUAUCGGGUUGAGGAGACGCCGACUGAUCGGAAGGCUUGA